AGAAUAUACUUUCUACGCUUACCAAGACUUCUGUUUUACCGUUGGAUUCAAGGUAGCCUUCCUGGAAGCUGGUAAAAGCAUCGUUCGCGUUUAUCGACUAAGGUAAACUCGUAAUAGCAUCAAGCAUCCUAAGUGACGAACAUAUCAGUGGCGACGGGGUAAAAACCAUAUCCACAAAACAUAUCAGUGGCGACGGGGCUCACAAUUCACAAUGUCAAUUAAUCUUGAACAGUUAGAAUCUUUACUGGAACGUCAAGGUAAACGAUAUGAACAGUUUCAGGAACGUAUGUUGGAGCUGUUAAUGAAACAAAUGAAUUUGAAUCACAGAGGUUUUGCCGAUGAUUCAUAUAAUCCGCAUACAGACUCGAUAGUUAAUUCCAUUCAUGAAUUUCAUUUUGAUGGCCUUGCUGGUGUGACUUUCGAGUCUUGGUUUAAGAAGUAUGAGGAUUUGUUCAAGGUCGACCUCAACAAUCUUGAUGACGCCACCAAAGUCAGAAUCCUUUUGAGAAAGCUCGGCACAAUCGAACACGAACGUUAUAGUAAUUUCAUCCUCCCAAAGAACCCACGAGAUUUCUCUUUUGAUGCUACAAUUGAUACGCUGUCGCAAAUCUUCUCUGAACAGUCAUCUCUCUUUAAUAUUCGUUAUCAAUGCCUCAAAAUAAUCAAGUCAAAUGAAGAUGACUGGGUAAAGCAUGC